AUGCUUUCAAAUCAAGCUCAGGAUAAAUAUCAGCGUGCUAGUUUAUUGUCGAGUUAUUCAAAAACAAUUACACAACAUAAAUUUGAUUUGAUGACCUUAAAUCUUGAUACGAUACAGAACGUAAUACGUGGUCAUCAACAAAUACUUAAUAAUCUACAAAGCAAAUUGUCACAAUCAUGUCAUGAAUUAAUAAUUAAAGCUAUUGAAAAUCGUCGAAAAGCUAUGCAAAAACGUCAUGAAACAUAUUUAAAACAUAAAUUGCAUACUUUUUUCGACGAGUCUCUGGCGACAUCAAACGAAUAA